AUGACGGAAUUAUCACCACCUCUGUCAUGCCAGCAGGUGGACAACACUCUGCACGUUCCUGCAUUGUCCUGUCGAGGCGGUUUCGACUUCUCUUUGCUUUUUGAGGAGCUCGUCCUGGGGAUCCUGCCGCUGGGGAUCGUCCUGAUCAUCGCACCGUUUCGUCUCUGUCACUUGUUCCGGAGACAAGCAAAAGUUGUAGCGUCGUGGUUCUUGUGGGCGAAGAUUACGUUGCUUACCAUUUCCCUUUUUGUCGAUGCUUGGCAGACUGCGUGGAUUGCCUUAGGCAUCGUUCAGCUGGUCCUCACAGUCUAUUGGGCUCUUCCAGCUACGACCAGAACCCAGGCUUCGAUUGCAGCAAACGCGAUCACAGCUGCAGGCCUUUUUAUCCUAGGUCUUUUGUCUUGUGCUGAACACCUACGCUCAACUACACCAUCCUUCCUCCUGAACAUCUACCUUUCCGUCACUUUGCUCUUUGACAUAGCAAAGACAAGAACACUAUGGCUGCGCGGCAUUGGCCAAACAGACGAAACAAUUGCCAUCCUGACCUCGGUCACAGUUGGGAUCAAGCUUCUUAUUCUCAUCCUUGAGGCUGUGCAGAAGAGGCACAUUCUCAGAAAGGAGUACUCGGGGUAUCCUCCCGAAGCAACAGCAGGGAUUUUCAAUCGCUUGUUCUUCGUAUGGUUGAAUCCGUUGUUUCGAUCUGGAUGCUCCAAGAUCCUCGCCGUCGACGAUCUUUUUGACCUCGAUAAGCAAUUGGGUUCCAGACGACUGUACAGCACCUUGGAGACUCUCUGGGACAGAGUCCCUAGGAAGAAACCAAAUACAUUGCUUUUCAUCUCCUUCAAAACAUUCAAAUGGCCUCUUUUUUUAGCUGUGCCUCCAAGAGCAUGCCUGGCCGCCUUGAAUUUCUGUCAGCCAUUGCUACUACAUCGAUCCCUGGCCUUCUCCACGGAACCGGUGAACAAUCACACAAAUAGCAUCGGAUAUGGUUUGAUAGGUGCUUACAUCCUCGUUUACACUGGAAUGGGUGUUACGAUGGGCCAGUACCAGCAUAUGACAUAUCGCACCAUUACCAUGGUUAGAGGAGGUGUCAUCUCGAUGAUCUACAACAAAGCAAGCAGGCUAGGUGUCAAAGAUGCCGAUCCCGCUGCAUCCCUCACCUUGAUGAGUGCGGACAUUGAAAGGAUUGUUCAGGGCUGGCAAACAAUCCAUGAUAUUUGGGGCAAUGCUGCUGAAAUAGCCCUGGCAAUUUACCUGCUGGAGAAGGAGUUGGGUGUCGCCUGUGUGGUCCCUGUAGGAGUUGCAAUUGUGGCCCUUGUCGGAUGCCUUAUCGCACUGUCUUUUGUGAUGGCUAGGCAGGCAGUGUGGCUUGAAGCCAUUGAAAGGCGCAUCUCAUCCACCGCUUCGAUGCUUGGCUCCAUGAAGGGAAUCAAGAUGUUGGGUCUCAAGUCUGCCAUUAUGAAAAGCGUACACGGUCUGCGGCUGGAAGAAUUAGACAUUUCGAAGAGAUUUCGAAGACUUUUAGUCUGGAAUAUGGCUCUCGCUUGGACAACUCGCAUCUUUGCCCCCAUCUUCGCACUCGGAGCUUUCUAUGCUUAUACAUCCUUGUCACUCUUUGCACUACUAGCGGAUCCACUCCUUUCUCUUGUCAUGGCUCUCAUGACGUUUGUCGGUUCUAUUGGUUCUUUCAGCCGUAUUCAGGAAUUCCUUGAGAAAGAUGAUCAUAUUGAUUGCCGGCGUAAGCCUUUACACGCCUCUUAUGAUAGCUUUGAGCCCAAAGCUUUCGUUCUCGUGGAGGAUUCGGACGUCACGAUAUCUGAAACCGCUUCGGAUCGGUCGAUCAAUCGUGCACCAUCCUCAGUGUAUCAAGAUGCACUGACAAUACGGAAUGCAACGUUUGCCUGGGAUAUCGAGAAAGAGCCUGUACUAAAGGGCUUAACAAUCACCAUCUCGCGGGGAAGCUUCACCCUGAUCGUUGGGCCCUCCGGCUGCGGCAAGUCAACGUUGCUGAAGGCUAUUCUCGGCGAGGUGCCAUGCGUGAACGGGGAUAUAAGACUAUCAUCCAACAGCGUCGCAUUUUGCGACCAGACACCGUGGCACAUGAAUUCAACGAUCCAGGAGAGCAUCGUCGCCAUGUCGAAUUUUGACAAAGAGUGGUAUGCAAGUGUUGUACGUGCUUGUGCUCUUGUCCCAGACUUUGAACAAUUACCACGAGGAGACGAGACAGUGAUUGGGAGCAAGGGAAUUGCUCUGAGUGGAGGGCAAAGCCAACGAAUUGCACUUGCAAGAGCUGUGUAUGCUAGGAAAGAUACUGUCAUCCUCGAUGAUGCAUUCAGCGGCUUGGAUGCGGCCACAGAGGACUACGUUUUCCACAGUCUCGUUGGCAUCCAUGGCUUACUACGCAAAAUUGGCUCGACGAUCAUUGUUGCUUCAUCGUCCGCCAAAAGACUACCUUACGCCGAUCAGAUUGUGGUGCUGGACAAAUUGGGCCAUGUGUCAGAGCAAGGAAGCUUCAAGGCACUCGACGCUGCUGGAGGAUAUGUCUCAAGCUUCGGAUUGGGCUUGCCUGAAUGGAAGUCCAAAAUCGAUAGGCCUUUUGUAACCGAACUUUCUCAGCCGAAGAUUUCGCGAUCCAGUAAGGCAGAGGCAAUCAAAGAAGACCCACGAAGGCAGAGCGGCGACUUGUCGAUCUACUUGUACUACAUUCAAUCAAUCGGCUGGCUGCCCACGGGGAUCUUCCUAGUGGCUAUCUCAGGAUUUUGUCUCAUGCUGACCGACAUGACAGGCAUCUGGGUCAAAUGGUGGGCUACCUCAAAUGAGGAAGAUCCCAAUGGCCGUACCGGAUAUUAUCUCGGAAUCUACGCAAUGCUCGGCGCUGUCGGCAUGCUUUCUCUUAUCAUCGGCUGCUGGGAGAUGGUGAUCAACAUGGUACCCAAAUCUGGUGAAAGCUUUCAUAGAAGGUUGUUAGCAACGGUUCUGAGCGCGCCCAUGUCGUUCUUUGCGGCAACGGAUAGUGGCUCCAUACUCAAUCGAUUUAGCCAGGACUUGCAGCUCAUUGAUAUGGAGCUCCCAGUUGCAGCGAUCAACACAUUUGCCACUUUGGUUCUCUGUCUCGCCCAGAUGAUCUUGAUGGGCAUUGCUUCCAGAUAUGCAGCUAUCUCGUUUCCAUUGGUGAUUCUCACCGUAUAUUUAAUUCAGAAGGUAUAUCUUCGGACUUCACGGCAGCUGCGAUUCCUGGACCUUGAAGCCAAGGCACCUUUAUACUCUCACUUCAGCGACUGCCUCAACGGCUUGGUGACUUUGAGAGCUUUCGGCUGGCAGCGAGCCCUGGAGGACAAGAAUCUUGAGCUGCUUGACUAUUCGCAGAGACCAUUCUAUCUCUUGUACGCUAUUCAGCGUUGGCUAACUCUGACGCUGGACAUGGUCGUAGCGGCAAUCGCCGUUAUACUGAUUGUCCUCGUGGUGACAUUACAAGGGACAAUUAGCGCAGGUGACGUUGGCGUGGCGUUGUUGAAUGUGAUAUUGUUCAGCCAAAGCAUCAAGCUGCUCGUGACCUUCUGGACAAAUCUUGAGACCCAUAUUGGCUCCAUCGUGCGUAUCCGCUCUUUCACCGAGAGUGUCAGCUCAGAAGACUCGCCCACUGAGAAGGAUGAUGUGCCUCCCAACUGGCCCUGGGGAGGGGAUAUUGAAUUCAAAUCCGUGUCCGCAGAGUACAGACCCUCAGAGCCAGUCCUGCGUGAUGUGUCUUUGACGAUUCGAUCAGGAGAAAAAGUCGGGAUAUGCGGGAGGACAGGCAGCGGCAAAACCUCACUGAUCAUGAGUCUCUUCCGAAUGGUCGAGCUCAGCUCCGGAAGUAUCCAUAUCGACGGCGUCGACAUCACUAAGAUCCCCCGUCAAGAGAUCCGCUCACGAAUCAACAGCGUAUCUCAAAGCCCGCUCCUGAUCAAAGGCACCAUCAGACGCAACAUGGACCCCGAAGGCUCCCACCCCGAGAAAGCGAUCAUCAAAGCCCUGCAGACUGUGGGGCUACACAACAAGAUCCAGGAGAACGGCGGGCUAGACACCGACAUCAACGAGCUUUUCCUCUCGCAAGGCCAACAACAGCUCUUCUGUCUCGCGCGAGCAAUCCUCCGGCCGGGCAACAUCCUCAUCCUAGACGAAGCUACAAGCAACGUCGACACGAAAACAGACGAAAUCAUGCAAAGAGUCAUCAGAGAGAAAUUCAGCACCCACACCAUCCUAGCCGUCGCCCAUAAGCUCGAGACGAUACUCGACUACGACAAGGUCGUUGUCCUUGACGCGGGCCGUGUCAUGGAAUGCGGGGAUCCAUGUACCCUUCUCUCCACAGAGAGCUCCUACUUCAGCAGGUUGUAUGCGAGCUCGAUGGCGGAGGAGGUGGAGUAG